AAUCUCUAGACCUGUAUUACAUCACAUGCAUCUCUUACUUAUAAACAAUAAACUUCUUUAUUGUAUGUUUUAGGGAAUAAAUAUAUGAGUUUGAUGUCAUAUCAUGUUUUUUUUUUUGUUAUCUUCAUACUUUUGUGUUGCGUUUCUGUUGAUUCUCCUUUUAUGUAUCCUCUCGGCUCUCUCGUUAAUCUUUUAUUACAUAAACUCGUGCAUCAACAUAAACACAAAACAGAAGCAUGAAGAUGAAUAACAACGACGGCCAACAUAAUAAAACGGUGACAUUUCCUCGAAAAAGCAUCGUGAAGGCUACUGUUUUCAUCGUCGUUCUAUUCAUUUCAGCUGCUAUCUUAGACUUACUGGGCUAUCUCGAUUUCGUGGGUUUUAAUAUCACCUUACAUUCUUGGUUUAUCUUUAAUAUAAAUCGCAGUAGUUAACGUUAAUCAUAAUCAUAAUUUGUCUUAUUGUUUUGUUUUAUAGAAUGCUUUUGCAGGUUUAAAGCUAACAACAAAGACAAAAGAACCAAAUCCUUACGGAUGCGACUUCGUACAGAACCAAUCAAGUCAAACUCCUAUCUCACAAAACCGCAAAUCGAGAUUAAACCCCAACAACAGUUCAAAAUCAUCCACGUGUCCUUCUUAUUUCCGUUGGAUCCAUGAAGAUCUACGGCCAUGGAAACAAACGGGGAUAACUAGAGGGAUGAUCGAAGAAGCGAGUAGAACGGCGCAUUUUAGAUUGGUGAUCCGUAACGGGAAGGCGUACGUUAAGAGAUAUAAGAAGUCAAUACAAACAAGAGAUGAAUUUACUCUGUGGGGAAUCUUACAGUUGUUACGGUGGUACCCUGGUAAAUUACCUGAUCUCGAGCUAAUGUUCGACGCUGAUGAUCGUCCCGUCGUCCGAUCAGUUGACUUUAUUGGUCAACAGAAGGAACCACCUCCAGUUUUCCGUUACUGUUCAGAUGACGCAAGCUUGGACAUUGUCUUCCCUGAUUGGUCCUUUUGGGGCUGGGCUGAAGUGAACGUAAAACCAUGGGGGAAAUCGUUGGAGGCAAUAAAAGAAGGGAACAGUAUGACGCAAUGGAAGGACCGCGUGGCGUACGCUUAUUGGAGAGGUAAUCCUUAUGUUGAUCCUGGAAGAGGAGAUCUUCUCAAGUGUAAUGCUACAGAACAUGAAGAGUGGAAUACUCGUCUCUAUAUUCAGGAUUGGGAUAAAGAAACAAAAGAAGGAUUCAAGAACUCAAAUCUAGAGAACCAGUGCACUCAUAGAUACAAGAUAUAUAUAGAAGGAUGGGCAUGGUCGGUUAGCGAGAAAUACAUAAUGGCAUGUGACUCAAUGACAUUAUAUGUAAAACCAAGAUUCUACGAUUUCUACAUACGAGGAAUGAUGCCAUUACAACAUUAUUGGCCAAUCAGAGACGAUUCCAAGUGUACUUCUCUCAAAUUCGCCGUACAUUGGGGCAAUACACACGAGGACAAGGCUCGUGAGAUAGGAGAGGUAGGAAGUAGAUUUAUAAGAGAGGAGGUGAAUAUGCAGUAUGUGUAUGACUAUAUGUUUCAUUUACUCAAAGAGUAUGCAACACUCUUGAAAUUUAAGCCGGAGAUUCCGUUAGAUGCAGAGGAGAUCACGCCGGAUAGUAUGGGGUGUCCCGCGACGGAAAGGUGGAGAGAUUUUAAGGCGGAGUCAAUGAUUAUAUCUCCUAGUGAAGAGUCUCCUUGUGAGAUGCUUCCUCCUUAUGAUCCUCUAGCUUUAAAAGAGGUUCUUGAGAGAAAAGCUAAUUUAACUCGUCAGGUUGAGUUGUGGGAAAACCAAUACUUUCAAAAUCUUACCAACAAACCUUAAAUUGUUUUGUUUUUUCCUUCUUCGUUGACGAGAUCAACCGCAACCAAAUAGUUCAGUCGUGGGAGGAUCAAUACUCUCUUGAUUUGACUUAUAAACCUUGAUUUUUUUUUCUAUCAUCAUUAACCAUUUGUCGAAUAUACUUUUCAAAGUAUACUUUGUUUAUGGUCUUGUUAUAUGCUCAUCUCAUUGAUCCUUUUAAAUUAGAUUAUCAGAAGAGAUAUGUAAGUCUUUCGAAUACAUCUACAUUCUAGCUCGUAUAUAAAUAAGAAGAAGUGAAAAAAAUUUAAACGAUUUUUG